AUGUCCAUCUCGAUUCGCAGCACCGAGCAACGACAGGUCGCCCGCCGACAACCGCCGACAGCCUCAUCAAGCGCCGCUUUCCUACCUCGGGAUGUGCUUGCUCCGGCGAGCCGCCCCGCCUCUGCCGUUGAGGCAACGCCCGAACCAGCCUCGUCGUCCCAGGUCCCAGAGAAGCAGGACGCUGCGUCAACGCCGAUCCUUGAUAAUGUGCGUUCUUCCUCUUGCACUGCGGCACCGCCGCCGUUCUCCGCCAGCAGCGAUCAGCGUUCCAAUCAGGACAACAAGUGCAUCCACAGAACACACACUCUGACGUCCAAGCCUCCGCCAUCAGCGUCUUCCACGUCAUCAAGGGGAGCAGCGGCUCCGUCGUCGCCACCCUCAGCACCAUCUUCAACCACCGACGCACCAAGAUGCGGCCAUGACGCUGAGCCGGAGCGUCCUCACGGCGCAGCGUCGUCCGCUGCAUCACCGUCUGCACCCGGGUCGUCGGCGGUCGCCAAUUCGCAAAGGACAGCCGCGUCGCACUCGCUGCUUUACUCGGUGUCUCGCUUUACAGAGCCCGUCAAGCGCAUUAUUUUAAUCCGGAACGGCCGCAGCGAGGCCAACGAGGAUGUGAGGGCGUACGUGCAGACACCAGACUGGCGCAUUCCAUUGGUAGAGGAGGGAAAGCGCGAGGCGAUCGCGGCGGGACGCGCCCUGAGCGAGCUCAUCGGGGAUGAUCCCGUGUACUUUUACUACUCUCCGUACAUCCGAUCGCGGCAGUCGCUGCGGUACGUGCUGCAGGGCUUUGACGAGGCCCGGUUAAGUGGGCUGUCACACUCGCAGGAGUGGUGGGAGGAUGAGGAAACCCCCGGUGUUGCAUCAGCGGCAGCGGCUGCAGAGUCCUUGACACUCAAGUGCGCCAACGCAUCGGCGGACGAGGCGGGCACGCCACCUCUACUCGUCCCGGCCCCAUCAGCGAUCUCUACCCACGCGACUUCUUCCGACGCGCACUGCUGUUUCCAUCGCGACCCAUCUCUUGUGCUGAACAGAGGCACGAGCAACAACAUCAUUGGCGUCCGCGAAGAUGUUCGGCUUCGAGACGGCGACAUUGGCCGCUACACGAGCGCCGACGAGCUCAUGCACCACCUUGAGGAGCGUGAGCGAUACGGCCGGUUCUUCUACCGCUUCCCCUUUGGCGAGAGCGGCGCGGACGUCUGUGACCGCGUCACCUCCUUCCUCGACGCGUUUCAGCGCGAGCGGGUCGAAUUUCCAAUGGACACCAGCGUCGUCAUCAUCACCCACGGGCUGACGAUGCGCAUGUUUAUCAAGCGCUGGUUCUACCUCACGGUAGAGACGUUCCACAAGAUGAAGUCGCCACCACCUGGGUCGUUGUGCACAUUGACUCGCUUGCACCACCGCAGCUGCUUCCGCCUCGACGAAUGCUGCGUGGAGUCGAUGAACCUGCCGCUGUCGCUGAACGAGUUCAACGGAUACAAGUAUCGCAACAAGCAGCUGCUGGGUUCCAUGAGCUCCGGUGCCCCGUAUAUGUGA